AUGCAAGCUGCCACUAGGAAGUUUCUUCGCAAUGAACGACAAAAGAAAUCAUCAGAUGACUCCAAAACUGUUGGAACCUUUGAGCAUUUGAAUUUCGAUGCUUUACCCCUACAUAUGGAUACAGAAGAUCAGGUCACGCGACAAAAUAUGAAAGUACCGGAGUCACCAUCACAUGUCAAAUCCGGAUCAAUUGCAUCCCACCGUAUUUCUAUGCCGGAAACUAGGACCAUUCAAUUCCUCACAUGGGAUGCUGAUAUGAAAGAAUUCAGUCCUAAGAUAAAGAAAAGACGAUAUGACAAGGAAGAACGCGUAAAAGUUGCAGCUAAUAGAGGUUUUGCAUGUGCUCGGCAUAGAAGACAGAAGAUGAAGUGUGAUCCUGAAAGAUGUUCAAGAAACAAACAACGGUUGAGUAGUUUAGAGAAUAUGGCUGCAAAAGUCGACGCCCAGUCGACCCUACAUAAACGACAUUCUUCCUUCAUUCCAGACCCCGAAACUGCCAGUCAGAUAAACACCACGAUAGAUCCCGAGACAUUCACGUUAAACUCGACACCUUCUUCAGAUCCACCACCAAGAUGGACCACAUCUUCUUUCGUUGAUCCUGCAACACUUUAUAAGUUAGAAGGCUUCCAUACGAGUGCUCAAUCAUUGGAUUUUCCUACACCUUCCCUCGAAUUUAGUUCGAGAUCACAUGACUCAAUUGGAUCCGUUCUAUCCACAAGUUCAGACAUGAACUUUCUUGCUGGCUAUGAUGGAAUGAAUUUCGAUAUCUCCAGCUACGAGACAUAUCCAUGGUGGCCACGAAAUGAUCAUUUCGACCCUGCCGGUUCUACCUUCAAUGAUUUCAUGCCAAUUGAUCAAACUGUCACAGUGUCAAAUACUUCACAAAUGGAGACAUUCGAACUCCAGGAUAAACAGGCCUCUACAUUUGAACAACCUCUAAUAGAACCUCCACAACAAUUAAUUUGGUCUCAUGAUGUAAUCGUCCCAGAACCAAACUAUAUAAUAGAAUCCGACUCCACUCCACUCCGCCCAUCAUCAAGUCCAAUGGAAAACACAACAACUUUAGUGGAUGAAAGCCGUCACUGUCAACAGGAUCUGAUGGAAUGGGAUGCAGCUCGUCCAUCGAGCGUUACUCAAGGAUACUUCUGCAAUAACCAAGUGAAACCAUUAACAGAUGAAGAGAAGAGAACAUUAAUUAAAUGGUGGGGUAGAGAUAGAUCGUCCGAACAGCAAGAGAGUAUUCGUGGUAGACAGAACUCAUACGGAAGCCAACCAUCAAAUGGUGAUAUGGCUGGAGUUGAGACUCAAUCUGGUACGGGUGUUGGAAAGAAGGCGAGCCUUAGGGAAAAGGUCAAGACUGCUACGGUUCAUGUACCACCGUUUCCUAGGAGCUUGUUUAGAAGUCGUUCGGCAGGAAAAGAGAAGAAGCCUUAG